AUUAGCUUUCACACUAUUCCUUCCUCUGUUUCGCUUCCUUCCUUCCCCUUCCGGAGAGACUCACGACCAAUUCACCUAACCUCCUUUCUCCUCCUUCGUCACAGUGUUCUUUAAGGGUUUCGUAUAUCCAAAUCUCUGGUUUUUAUUAUAUCCUUCGCUUUUGUCGGUUUCUGAAUAAAUCUUCAAUUGCAGUUAUUUUUUUUGAUCGAAAUUAAUGUCGAAAUCACAAACCCUUUAGACUGUUUGAAAACCCUAAUUAUGAUAUCGUUCGCAAAGUUUGUAUCUUUACGGUGAUUACGAUCGUUUUGUUCUGAUUUACAGAGUUAAAAAAAAGUUGAAGUCUUUGCGGCGAUGGAUUCCGCUAUUGAAAUCAGUUCAGACAGUGACGUUGAGAUACAAGAAACAAGAACCACUCUUCCUCCUCCACAUCCACUGUUACCUCAAGGGUCUACGCUGAGACCUCACCUUUCUAUUGGGUCCUCUUCCAAUGCAAAUGGCCUCACUAGAGUUGGACUACUUCCACUACCCUCUUCAUCACGCAAUGCCUUUGAAGCCAAGCCUGUACUCUCUUCACGCAAUGCCUUUGAAGCCAAGCCACUGACUAAUGGGCACCACAUAGGAUCUCAACAAGCUCUAACGAGGGUGCUUCCUCCAUCUCUUACUCGCCCUCCUAUGCCGUUGAGACCUGGUAUUCGCCCUCCUAUCCCGUUCCUUACGAGUAAUGCGAACGGGAGUCACUUUCGUGGGGUUUAUCCUCCUGCUGGUACUCCAGCUGCGUCAGGUUCAGGCAUCAACGGUAACUUUGGAGGUGGUUAUGGUGGAUUCCAUGAUGGGAUUGGCACGGGGCGUGUCGUUAAUGGCGAUCGGUUGUUUCCUCAGUCGUCUGGGCCGCCUCACGCAACAGCUGCUUCUACCUCGCAUUUCAAUGGUGGUGGGGGUGAUCCGUUGCAUAGGAAUGGCAUGGGUGAGGAUAGGAGUUCGGAGACCGACGAGACGCUCGUCUAUCAGGCUGUUCUACAGAAUCUGAAUCAACCCAAGUCCGAGGUCGAUUUACCUGACGGUCUUCUUGCAGUUCCUCUUAUGAAGCAUCAGAAAAUUGCAUUGGCAUGGAUGUUUCAGAAGGAAACCAGAAGUGCGCCCUGUCUGGGAGGGAUAUUAGCUGAUGAUCAGGGCCUUGGUAAAACAAUCUCAACAAUUGCUCUUAUCCUAAAACAAAUGCACGAGGCAAAACCAAAGUCUGAGAAUUCAAGCAACCAAGUGGCUGAAGCAUUGGAUCUGGAUGCUGAUGAUGAAUCAGAGAAUGCAUUUGUGAAACAAGAGUCGAAGGCUAUAAGGGUAAAUGGCAUGUCAAGCAACCAAGUGGCUGAAGCAUUGGAUCUGGAUGCUGACGAUGAAUCAGAGAAUGCAUUUGUGAAACAAGAGUCAAAGGCAAUAAGUGUUAAUGGCAGUUAUGGCAUGAAGAAAGGCAAGAAUAAAGAAGAAGCCAGUACUUCAACAAGGAAAUUUAAAGGGAAAAGACCAGCUGCUGGCACUUUGAUUGUUUGUCCAGCUAGUGUUGUGCGGCAGUGGGCAAGAGAACUUGAUGAGAAGGUUACUGAAGAAGCCAAGCUUUCUGUUCUAAUCUACCACGGUGGUAACAGGACCAAGGAUCCUACUGAACUAGCAAAAUAUGAUGUGGUGAUGACAACGUACGCUAUCGUCUCAAAUGAAGUUCCGAAGGUAACCUUGGAGGAUGACGAUGAGAAUGAUAAGAAAACCUUGGAGGAUGGCGAUGAGAAUGAUGAGAAAUAUGCCGAGAGAAAUGGUCUCGCCUCUGGCUUUGUCUUGAGUAAGAAACGCAAAAGUAUGUUGGGUGGCAAAAGUAUGUUGGGUGCUCCUAAGAAGAGUAAGAAACGAGGCAAGAAAAACGCUGACGAUUCUGACCCUAACUGUGGUACUCUGGCAAAGGUUGGGUGGUUCAGAGUUGUGCUUGACGAAGCUCAGACGAUUAAGAAUCACAAGACCCAGGUUGCAAGAGCCUGUUGUGGUCUUCGAGCCAAAAGGAGAUGGUGUUUGUCUGGAACACCGAUUCAGAACACGAUAGAUGAUUUGUUCAGCUAUUUCAGGUUUCUAAGGUAUGAUCCGUAUGCCGUGUACAAGUCGUUCUACAACACAAUUAAGCUUCCAAUUUCCAGAAAUUCCCCAAAUGGUUACAAGAAGCUUCAAGCUAUUCUAAAGGCUAUAAUGCUGCGCCGUACCAAAGGAACAUUGCUUGAUGGUAAGCCUAUAAUUAAUCUACCACCGAAGACAAUUAAUUUGAGCAAGGUAGACUUUUCGGUAGAAGAGCGGUCUUUCUACACGAAGCUUGAAGCCGAUUCACGUUCUCAGUUCAAGGCAUAUUAUGAUGCAGGAACUUUGAAUCAAAACUAUGCAAGCAUUCUUCUCAUGCUUCUACGGCUACGCCAAGCCUGUGACCAUCCCCAACUUACUAAAGGAUUCAAAUCAAAUUCUGUUGGGAAGGAAUCAGAAGGAGCUGCUAAAAGACUUUCUAGGGAGGUUCGAGUUAGCUUGCUCAAUCGCUUAGAAUCGUCUCCCAUCUGCCGUGCCUGCAACGAUCCACCAGAAGUUCCUGUUAUUACUUUGUGUGGACAUAUAUUCUGCUAUCAGUGUGUAUCAGAAUACAUCACAGGGGAUGAGAACUCGUGCCCUGUGUGCAGAGAACAGCUUGCGCAUGAUGCUGUUUUCUCCCAGUCUACCCUUCGAAGUUGUAUGGCUGCUGAAACGGGGUGUAGUUCCUCCUCACUUGCUAAAGGUCUUAACAAAGCAGCUUUUCAGAAUUUCGACUACAGCUCAUCGAAAAUCAAAACUGUCUUAGAUAUUCUGCAGUCGCUUUCUAACCAAGGCAGUCAAAAUUCAACUCAGAACGGUGGAAUGCCUUCUUCCUCGCAACCAUAUGACGUCGACGAUGACGAUGAUGUUACCAUUAUAGAAGAGCAAACGAGUGUGCCAUCGAAUCCUCACAACCAAGAGCCAGUAAAAACGAUUAUCUUCUCUCAGUGGACUAGUAUGCUUGACGUGCUUGAGCUCUCUCUAAAUGAAAGAACUAUAGAGUUUAGAAGGUUAGACGGUACAAUGAGUCUAGCUGCUAGAGACAGAGCUAUAAAAGAAUUCAGCAACGAUCCAGAUGUAAAAGUGAUGAUAAUGUCUUUGAAAGCUGGAAACCUUGGGCUGAAUAUGGUUGCUGCAAGUCAUGUCAUUCUUCUUGAUCUUUGGUGGAAUCCAACUACUGAAGACCAAGCUAUUGAUCGAGCACAUCGCAUUGGACAAACUCGACCAGUUACUGUUACUCGUAUUACCAUAACCAAUACGGUGGAAGAUAGAAUUUUGGCUCUCCAGGAAGAGAAAAGGGCAAUGGUUGCGUCUGCCUUUGGUGAAGAAUAUGGUGGAAGCUCUGCAACUCGACUAACAGUAGAUGAUCUCAAAUAUCUAUUCAUGGCGUAGACAAAUUUGGUUUAGUAUUUCUAAAUCACCGGUUUACUAAAGUUUCUUUUCCAGAGUUUUGAUCAUGAAGAAACCUUUGAGCUGCAUUUUAGUUCUUCAGAUUGGAAUUUGAGCAAAUAUGUAAAUAACUAGUUUCUUUUUUCCUAGUAUAUACAUAUCAGACUCCCUUUAGAGA